GCCCGGCCCCGGUUAACGUUCGAUGUGGACACGGCCCACCCCAGUGUCUAUGUAUCCAGAGACAGAACCAUCGCAGUAGACUGUGAUAGCAUGGUCCCCUCCCAGCCCAACCCUAAGAGGUUCCUACAGUCUGUCAACGUGCUGGGGGCUCAGGGCUUCCAAGAUGGACGCCACUACUGGGAGGUAGGAGUGGGCAGCAAGACCAAGUGGGACCUGGGUGUGGCCUCGGAGAGGGUUGACCGUCAGGCCCGGGUCAAGCUGAGUCCUGAGAGCGGUUACUGGACCCUACGACUGAGAGAGGGAGACCAGUACUCUGCAGGCACACAGCCCUGGACACGGCUCCAGGUUGGGUGGUCUCCCCAGAGGAUAGGGGUGUUCCUGGACUGUGAUGAGAGGAAGGUGUCCUUCUAUAACGCUGAUGACAUGAGUCUCCUGUACUCCUUUAGUAACGGCACCAGAGGCAGAGUUCUGCCGUUCUUUAGCCCCUGUGUCUUUGAUACUAACCAGAAACCACAGCCUAUACAGCUACUGCACUAUCCUCCUGUUGACCUGUUAGGACAGGUGUGUCUUUGA